GGAAGGAAUCAUGUAAUGUACAUUUCUUUCAGUGUUGUGGAAUUCAAAAGUGAAGAAAAUAUGAAGAAGGCUGUGGAGGUAAUGGACAAGCAGAGUUUUAGUGGAAGGCCUCUUAAAGUAAAAGAGGAUUUGGAUGGUGAGCAUGCAAGACGGAUGAUGCAGAAGUUUGGUGGCUUUGACAGGAUGGGAAUGGUUGGUGGAGGUGGCAUUGGAGGUGGCCCUGGAAUGAAUAUCCCACCAGCUCUCCUGAAUAACCAAAAUGUCCCCAGAGAUGUUCUCAAUGCGCUACAAACUGGCAGGCUUGGAAGCACCAUCUUUAUUGUUAACCUUGAUUUCAAAGUAGGAUGGAAGAAGUUGAAAGAAGUUUUCUCCAUGGCAGGCACUGUAGUACGGGCUGAUAUUGUGGAAGACAAAGAUGGGAAGAGUCGUGGAAUGGGCACAGUAACCUUUGAGCGUCCAAUUGAAUCAGUUCAAGCUCUUUCAAUGUUCAAUGGACAGCUUUUGUUUGACAGGCCAAUGCACAUCAAAAUGGAUGACAAAUCCAUGCCCAAGAAUAACUUCUAUGCUGCAGAUCGUGCUCCACAACUUCCUAAAGGCCUUGGUGGGGUUGGUAUGGGCCUAGGACCUGGUGGCCAGCCUCUUGACGCCAGAGAUCUGAACACAGGAAUGGGAAAUGUUCGACCUAGGGACAUGGGUCCAGGAAUGGGAGGCAUGGGAAUGGAUGGAAUGGGAUUUGGAGGAAUGAACCGGAUGGGAGGAGGCGGCAUGGAUGGUCCAUAUGGUGGUGGCGGAGGUGGGAUGGACAGGAUGGAUAACAUGGGGAGAUUUGGUCCAGGAAUGAACAUGGGGAGAAUGGGAGGAUCAGGAGGAAUGGAUGAUUACAGAGGAGCUGGUGGAGGAGGAAUGGGUGGUGGCAUGGGAGACAUGUACCAAGGAGGAAUGUAUGGGCCUGGCAGUGGAGGAGGAAUGGGUGGCAGUGGCUUUGAGCGAGAUUUUGGCAGAAAUGAUAUGGGAAUGUCUCGUGGAUAUGGCGAUUCAUUUGGAGGAAUGGCUGGCGGAAUGAGCGCUGGUGGUGGAAUGGCUGCUGGUACACCAGGCAUGGCAUCUGGAAUGGGUAUUGGAAUGGGUGCAAUGAAUAAAAUGGGUGGAGGUAUUGGCAUGGAUAACAUGGAUCGCAUGGGACCUGGAAUGGAUCGUGCUGGUCUGGGAAUGGACAGGAUUGGAUCCAAUAUGCCUUCUGGGAUGACAUCAAAUAUUGACCGCAUGGGAGCUGGAAUGGAGUGGAUGGGUCAAAGUACCGAUAGAAUGGGUGGCGGUAUGGAUCGCAUGGGUACUGGAAUGGGUGGAGGUUUUGACAAAUCCACAGAUAUGGAUCGUAAUCGUUUCAGUGGGAACUAUGGAGGAUCCAUGGGCAGUGCUACAGGAAAUCUUAAUUCAAGAAGAAUCUGUCAAAUAUUUGUUCGAAAUCUCCCAUAUGACAUCACCUGGCAAAUGCUGAAAGACAAAUUCAGUGAAUUUGGAUAUGUACAUUAUGCAGACAUUAAGAUGGAAAACGGCAAGUCCAAGGGCUGUGGAGUGGUUCGCUUUGAGAGUCCAGAUUCUGCAGAACGUGCCUGUAGGAUGAUGAAUGGAAUCCGACUUUAUGGCCGAGAAAUUGAUGUUCGACUUGAUAGAAAUGUCUAAGAUCCAUUUUUAGUAGAAUUUUAAGAAAGACCAAACAGUAAAACUGUCCUUUUUAGUGUUUUUUUUGUUCCAUUCAUUAAAACAAAAUUGAAUGGACAGUUUAACAAUGUGCACAUUGCAUUUUGUUUUUAUUUAGUAAAAAAAAUACACAUUUGCUUCUGUAUUAGUGAUUCAAUAAAUGUGAUUUGAGGAAAUUUUGAGUUUUGUGAUUACAUUUUAGUACAAAUUUAAUGUAGGAGUUCCUGUUAAGUACAUUGUAGUGGCUAAUGAGUGUAUAUUUUGAACUGCAUCACAUUUAAUCUUUGCACUUAUAGAAGUCUCAUUCUGCAUUUAAAUUUGUACAGCACAUCAUAAUUCUAUUUAUGGUGUCUGAAAUCUACAGCUUUUGGCAUUGAUUAUAGGAUUUAUGGAUCUUUGAAUAAAUUCUGUUCAGCUACAUCUUGUA